GUUUUUAUAUGUGCACACAUAUCUGUACACUAAAUGAAGGUGUUUCGAUUUAUACUUGCCAAUCAUUUUUCAAUAUUUCAUCACAUUAUGAUUUCCUUCUUAUAUAUGUUACCUUAAAUCAGUCAAGACCCCCCCCUUUGAAUUUAACUUUAUUAUAGCAUUUGGUUACAGAUUUUCAUUUUGUAACAGAAUUAAAUGAUUCUCUUUCCUUUUUUUCUUCUUCUCUCUAAUACAUUUUGGAUAAAUAAUAAAUACUGACUAUUACAUAAUAAAUUAUUAAUGUAGAAAAAACAUUUAAUCAUAAUGGGUUAUUAUGAAUAGUUCAGUUAAAACAAAAAACAAAACACAAUCCAUAUAAAACGUUUAAAAGAAGAAAGAAACUACUUUACUUUAUUCAACCGAAAAUUAUUCUUUAAAAAAAUGUAUAAAAUAGUAAAAUAUUAUGGAUUUUAUAAUGAAUUAUGGAAAUCUUCAAUAUUAUUAAUUAUUUUAUGUUCUUUUCAAGGAGAAAAUUUUAAGAUUGUUCAAGGUGAUGUCUUGUUUCAAUUUAAUAUAAUUCCACAUAACUUAUCGAAUUUUUUACGUCUAUUUUCAUGUAAACAUUCAGAAAUUCAUUCAAUAGACCAUCAGUCUAAUAAUUCUCUUUAUUAUGAAAAAGAUGAUAAAUUACUUUCACCAUUUUUAGACAGUUGUAUUUCUGUCAAAAUGUGUUUGUCACCAUUUUCUGAUUUGUGGGGCUUUAAUGAUUUUACACAUUGUAAAUAUGGAGUCACAGUUGAAAGACUAUCGAAAUUAAAUUUCCUCAGUAAUAAUACUAGAAACAACAUAUCAAUAGUAUAUAAAGAUGUCUGGCCUGUAGAUAUUUUAUUGGUUAUUCAAUUCAAAAGGUGUUGUGUGGCGAAUACAAAUUCACAGAAUGAUGAAAUAUAUUACAUUUUAUCAUUGAAAAAUGUAUAUCCAUCAAAACAGAAAUAUUAUCAAAAAUUGAAAAAAAUUUCUAAUACUACUUAUAAUAUUUUUAAUUUAAGUAAUUCAAAUGAAGAAUUAAGUAUUCACUAUCAAGUAUUAUGUAAUAAUAAUUUUUAUGGUAAUUAUUGUGAAAUAUAUUGUCAAGAACAAAAUGGAAUUCAUGGUUAUUAUAAAUGCGAUGAACAAACAGGUAAACAUAUAUGUCAAUAUGGUUGGACUGGUAAAACAUGUACUGAAGCUAUAUGUGACUUUGGGUGUCUACAUGGAAGAUGUGUAAAGCCGGAUUAUUGCCAUUGUGAUAGCGGUUGGUAUGGAAAGGAUUGCAGCCAAUGUCGUGUUUAUCCUGGAUGCCUUCAUGGUGGUUGUGAAGUUAGUAAACGUAACUAUACGCUUAUUCCUUUCACAUGUGAGUGUAAUCAUGGCUGGGGAGGCAUGUUAUGCGACAAAGACUUACGUUAUUGCAGUAGUCACUUAAAUAUAUGCAGUAAUAAUGGAAUAUGUGUAAAUAAUGAUGCAAAUAUUGGUGUACCCUAUCAAUGUAUUUGCCCACCUGGAUAUCAUGGUGAUCAUUGUGAAAUAAUUGAUUAUGACUGUAAAGUACAUGGAUGCAAUGAAAAUGGAGAAUGUAUUGUGAAUGAAAUGGGAUCGACAACCUGUCACUGUCACCCCGGUCAUUAUGGAAAUCUUUGUCAGUUCAACCAAACAACCUGCGAACAGUUUCCAUGUCAGGCAACAGGGUCACUGUGUAAAGAACGAGAAAUGAGUGAUGUAAGCUAUCCUUCAAAUGACCAACAGUUCAUAUGUAUCUGUCCUCCAGGAUUUGAAGGUUCCAACUGUGAAAUCAACAUCAAUGAAUGUGCUGAAAAGCCUUGCAAAAAUGGUGGACUUUGCAAAGAUUUUGUAAACGGUUAUCAAUGUGUAUGUCCAUCUGGUUAUGGUGGACAAAAUUGUGAUGCUCAAGAAUACAGCUGCAUUACAAAGAAAUGCCCUUAUGGUUAUGAAUGUUUUACAAAUAGUACAACAUCAUUAUGUGUAUCCUCGAUUUCUCAUAAGCCAAUAACAUUACAUUCCUCAAACGAUCAGACUACCUCUGGAAUAUCGUUUGAAGAUGUACAACCAACUUACUCAAAAUUUACACAGUUCUCCCAUGGUCUUUCAAUUGUGAUAUUUACUUUAUUAACUUUAUUCAUUGUAAUUAUAUUACUUCUUUUAUUGAAAUAUGUUUUAAAGUUAAAUCCAUUCAGACAAAUCGCUUAUUAUAAUCACGAGUCCGAUAUUGAACUAAAUUAUGUCCAAUGUCCAAUGAACACAAGAGGCAAUUUUGUAUUUAAUCAAUCCAAAGAACUGAAAGACAGUUGCUAUUUGAGUAGAAACUUGUACAUUGAUCAUGUGAAUAAAUUGGCAGACAUCAAGAAAUGAAUAUCCUCAGAGGAAAAAAAUGUACUGUAUUAAUUAAACACACUCAUUAACAUCAAAUGAACUAGAUGGAAAUAAAUUGGUCGUAAAAUAUUUUAUGGAGAUAAUAAGCCUCUUUUUUAUUACUGGAUAUCAUAAGUAACUUGAUGUUGAAAUGAAAUUUACGUCGAAUUGGAGUUAAAGUGUUUGAGAAAAAUCAACAUUUAAAAAAACAUUUAAAUUGUAUGCUACAGAAGAAGUAGACAUAUUCGAUCGCUAUUUUCAUAGUAUUUGACUAAUUAUUAAGUGUACAUAAAUUAGUUUUCAUAACUGUUUUAACUUCCUAUUUAAUUU